GCAAGUUGUUAUCUUGCCUGUAAUAAUGAUCCUUGUGUCUCAAGUGUAGUGGGAGUGACUUUUUGUAUAUGUAUAAUAAAUUUAAUUAAAUAGAAGAAAGUUUAAUUUAACAAUCAGUAUUGUUGCAUAAAUUUGCAUUUGUUUUGAGAGUGUCAAUGAUUAAAUUUUGCUUACUGAAAUUGGUGUAUACUUGAAUAUACUUCAAGUGAAAUCAGCUGUGUUAACUUGGAGGCUGUAUGUGGUGUUGUAUUUAAGAGUUUGUUUUUAUGAAAAGUUGGAAGGAAUGACGAAUCCCUGCCCAAAGGUUAUAACAGGGCCCCUGCAUCUGGAGAAUAAGGCAGCUUCUGAUUGGGGCUGCCAAGGUUUCAUAGCAUAUGGUUGCUAUGGUUACGCAGUAGUGGUGGACCCAGUGACCUUGCAGAUAGCCCAGACAUUAGGACCACAUUCAGGAUGUGUUACACAUGUACGUUGGUCUGGGGAGAAUUACCAUCAUGCAUUUGCGACAGGAAGUACAUAUAAUCUUCAUCUAGCGUGUGCAGAUAGUAAUGGUGUCGUAGUAAUCUGGGAUGUUGUUACUGGUCAAAUUCGUGCAGAACUGUCUGACACCCAGCCUUCAAAACCAGUCAUAGGAAUUGAAUGGUAUAAUGGUCAUGAUGAGUCACAUGAUCUUUUAAUGUUGUUACGUAGUCCGGACAUUCUGGAAUUAUGGGAUGCCUUUUCUGGUGUUCGGCUCUGGAAGAAACAGUUUGGGGAACAGCUGCUGACAUUUGCUCUUGAUCCGUUUGACAUUCAACGAAUAAUUUUGAUGUGUGAUAGUCCUUUUCUGCUAGUUCUGAAUGAUGUCAACGUCAUGAGGGAACCAUCAGAUGGAUAUGGUUGUAUACGAAUCUCUGAUCCACAGCUAGCUGUAUCAGCUUCAGGGCCUCAGCGUACAUAUUCAAGUGGAAGUGACAGGAGUCUACCUCGAAAUUCAAGUUCUCUGACCAAGAUGGCUUCCCUAGCAACAAAUAUACUCACUGGACCAGAACAGAGUAAGAAGAGACAGAGUGUAAGUGAUGAUGACUCAGAUUUACAGACUAGCUGUAAACAAGUUGUGUUUAAUCCAGCGCACAAACAUAUCGUCUUGCUCGUGUUCCCUAGAGAAAUACACAUGAUAGACUUGGAGGUAGAUUUAACCAUUGGUACUAUACGGCUAGAUAGAGCUUCACCAAACUUUGUUAAGGUGUUACCUUGUAGAAAUGCUGACGUGUUAUAUUGCCUGCAUGAAAAUGGAAGUGUCUCAGUGAGAGUGAGAAAACAGACAAAUAAUUCUGAACAAAUUCAGAAUAAGGAUGUUAGCCUGGAUAUGACCUAUGACCUGGUAUGUCAGUCGGACUCACUAAGGUUGCUGCGUCACAGCAAAGUGUACUCUAUGGUAUAUCAUCCAGUUUGUGAGAAACAAGUGGCCCUGAUACUGAGCGAUAGCAGAGUUAUCCUUCUUGAUGUACUCUCAACUGAAUUCACUAAAUCUGAGAACCAGGGUUGUAUUUAUGACAACAGACCAAGAUUAAGUAUGGCAGAUAUGAUAAGCAGUUUCAGUAUUGUGCCUCCAGGUGGAAACAGAAGCUGUUUGAAAAGGCUGAUUACUCUUAAAAUGGUGAUGUCAGGUCUGGUUUCAGGAAUUAUCUCCCCUAUUGUUGCCAUAGCUACCAUUCCAUCAGUUGCAGAUCUCAGUGCAUCUGGCUGCCUUGCAGCUAUAGGAUCAGGUAUUGGAACCAUUCAACUUGUGAACGUAUUCAAUGGUCAGAUUGAAAAUGAGUUCAAGUUAUUCAUGUCACCAGUCCGUGGCGUACAGUGGAUCGAUGCACGCAGACUGCUAGCUUUCUCAUACCCAGAUCCACCCUCAUAUGGAAACAGAGCAGUUAAAAGUGACAUAGUCAUCCUGAAUAUCAUAUCAGGUAAAGUUGAUGCGAUGUUUGAAGGCAUGGAUAAAAAAGGCCCUAUUUUGAUGGUGGAAGUGUCUGCAUCAAGGAAUUAUUGUGUUGUAGUGUUCAAACAUGGGUCAAUGGAGUUAUGGAACUUGAGAACUAGGCAGCUGGUCAGAGAACUGGUUAUACCUGAACUUAUCAGGCCUGUAGAUGUUGGCUGGUAUCCUUACAUGAGUGUACAUAAAAGGGAGAAAACAGUCAUUGACAGCACCACUGGAAAAGAGAAGAAAUUAGAAAGACAUGUUUACAGGGAGCAGCUGUUCAUCUGUGGCCAGAUAGAUGGGGGAUGUCCGUUGAUGAGGCUGACUCUCGAAGAUGGUAUAAUGUCAGGGGCACUGAGUUUCAACCAUGAUUCUUUGUUCGAAGGACAGAAAGCUGAGGUGAUUAAAUUGGCCUGGAAGAAGAAGAUUGCAAUUCUGGCUGAUAAAGGGGGACAACUCUUUAUUUGUGAUGCUGGGCAGGAGAAAAAUGUAGCAAAAAAGUUCUCAGAUAGACACGGUAGUAAAGUUGAAGAUGUUGCAUUUGCUCCAGGGAGAGACAACUUCACAUUCUUGGUGAAAUUUCCAACAAGUGUUGAUGUCUGGGAUAUUUAUGACGGAAAGCCAGAAAUGUUGACUUCAAGCCCAACACUACCAUCCAGUCUAGUUAAUGUCUGCUGGACAGGUCCAGAAAGUAUUGUCAUGGCAACAGAAGAUUCUUGUUUACAUGUCCUUGACAUUUCACGCCGACUUCCAACAUCUCCUGUAGAGAGUGAUAAAGAUGAUUUUUUCCAUGUAAAGAACAUUGUGAUGAAGAGCAAGAAUUCAGCUAUUUCUAAAUGGAAAUUAUCAGGUAUUUUCAGUGCCGCUUUAAUGGAAGCUAAGCUAGCAUUCUUAUUGAAGUACAGUUUACAGUGUAAUAUAGAGCCACUGAAUGAAGCAGUCACCCAAUAUUGCAAUCUCAUAGAUAGUGAUACAUUGAGGUAUAUACGAGAUGGAAGUACAAGUACAGCUGACAGGUGCUACCAAGUUGCCAGAUUAUUUGGGGACACAUUUGACAUGAACUUCUGGAGAAUGGUUCAAUAUACCAGUCAGGAGGCUAGACCAGACAAAACUAAAUUGACAGAUAUAAGAAAACCUUUAGACCUGAUGGAAUGGUGUUCCAAACUUGUUCUGCCAACACCAGAGACAAAUGACCUUGUUAGCCUUGACCUGUCAAGUGACCUUGGCACCAAUGGUUCCUAUGGCAACCAGAGGUCAGGAGGUGACAUGGAUAUAAGUUGGCUGAAUAGUAUGGAUAAAGAUAGAGGACUAGUUUCAUCGUUUGGAGAAAUGAUGAAGUGUAAUGACUACAAGGCUUAUGAAACAGCAAGACUUGACCUACAUAACAAGAAACGCUGCGAUUAUAGAGUAAAACAGCUGUGUAGUAGUCGCUACAUUAUGACACGACGGGUGGAUAUGGCUGUACAGGUUCUCAUGGAAACUGACACAGAUAAUACAGAAUUCAAGUCAGAUUACCUCAAAGCAUGUUUAUCAUCUUGUACCACCCAACACACAGGGACAUCAUUGAGUACAGUGAAGCUGGCAGCAACACACUUGAUUGUGGCUGGACAGCUCUCAGAUGGUGUUGAUCUGCUGUGUCUGAUAGGAAAACAUCUUGAUGCCUGUAGAUAUUUGAUCUCCUAUGGGAAGUGGCGGGAGGCAGUCUGGCUCGCAAAAACUAGUCUAAGCGAAAGGGAGUGUCUAGAUAUUAUAUAUAAAUGGGCAGACCACCUAUGGAACAAAAGUCAGAGGUGUAAAGCCAUACUGAUGAUGCUAUCUCACGGUCAGUUUGCACCAGUUCUACACAUGUUGUGUUCUCAGAGACAGUUUGACACCGCAGCUCUCUUUCUGCAGUCCUGUUUGGAGCAAGGGCUACUGGAAAAGUCGGAUUAUACAGACUCGGUGUAUGUGGAGUUUUCCAAACUACUGACAGUUACAGAGUACCAGUCUGCAGUGAAACACUAUUGCAGUCUAGCAGGAGAAAAUGGCGACACAUUUCUUGCAAACCUUAACAGGAAGACUUGAGCAAACAUAAAUUACAUCCAUACCAUUUGAGUGUAGAGAACAGAAAUAUUCACUGGAGAGGAGCUGAAGUUGUAUUUAACACAGUUUGAGAAAUUGUGCAUCAGUUGUUUAUUAGCAUGAACAGUAAUUAUUAUAGCUCAAAAUGGAAGUUUUGAUUUCAUGAAAAAGGGAAAAACCUUGUUGCCAUGGAGAUAAUGUUCUGACUCAUGUUUAUCUAAUUCUAUUAAAUCCAUAGCCAUGUUAAGAGUAAUUGCUUCACUCAGAAUCAGCAGCCUCCAGAUAGAUGUUUUUUCGUUCACAUGAAGCAAAGGUUCAUGAUAUGCUGUAAAUUUAGGUGGACGAUCUGGCAUCCGUCAUUUACUUUUAAUAAAUUAUUUUUCUCAUGAACUACUUGAUGGAUCUUCUUUGAACUUUGUCAGAAGCUUCCUUAGAUUUUGUUUUAAAGUUCAAAUAAUUGCUUGAUUGCACCAAGGAGCCACCAGCGUUAAGAACAGGAACAAAUCUUAAAACAAAUUCUCUUAGGUGGAUGUUUGUUGAACUUGAUAAGAAGCAUCCUUAUAUAAUUAUGGACAUUUCUCAGGUUUGUUCAGAUUGUUUUUCUUGACUGUUUUUUGUUGACAACAGAGCUAAAGACUGAAAAUCCACUAAAUAACUUCUUCUCGUGAAUUGGUUAAUGGAUGUUCACCAAACUUUGUCUGUAGCAUUUAUAGAUAGGUCUUUCUCAAGACUGUUGAAAUGAAUCUGCUCAACAGUAAAUAUGCUACCAGAGUUAAAAAUAGAAAAAAAAAACCUUCAAGAAUAUCUUGAUGGAUGCUUAGCAGAUUUUAUAAGAAGCAUCCUUUAAGGGACACUUCCCUGUUCAAAUUGUUUGGGUUGACUGCAAUGAGAAACUGUCAUAGUUAAAAUAAAAACAUGUUCAAAACAUCUCCUCAUAACUUGCUCCAUGUGUGUUCAUCUCACUUGGUCAGUAGUUGGCUUGCAUGGACCUUUUUCAAGUUUGUUCAAAUAGGUAAUUGAUUGUCUCGUUACGUCUUAUGAAUGAAACUUUUUCGUACUUAACACAGUUUUUACCUUUUAUAUAAUGUUAUGUCAUGUAUUUAUAGGUCAGAUCAGGUGAGUGACUAAGAGCCUCAUGACCGUUUUGUGUAGGUGCAUUUUUACAUGUAUUAGUCAUUGGAAAUAAAUGGUUAAACAGUGUCA